AUGGACAAAGCAACGCUUCUAACCGCUUCCAAAGUGGAUCUAAGCAUUUCGACCCAUCCCCGCUCAAAUAUAACCAGGUUGAUCGGCCCGGCCCUACAAAUUGCCCUUCGCUUCCAGAGCCUCGUCGGUUCCAUCUCAAUCUUCCUCUGCCUGCGCGCCUGUUAUGUCGCGAGUGUCACCUUCGCGAGCGUUCUCUAUGCGAGCAAAAUUGUGACCUUUAAAGCUUUUGUUGCAGCAAAAUUCAGCGCUUUCCACGGCUUCAACAUGUCCAGCCAAGCUCUUGCAAGUGCCUGGAACUCGAAAAACGUCCAGAGGUUACGGAACAAGAUCUGGUACGAAUUCGCCGUCUUUAUCCUCGGCAGCGGGAACCUCAUCUUCCUCAUGCUUUUCUGGCCAGGCUGGUGGGUUCUUGCAAGCGCGGGCUGGGCAGGAUGGAUGAUCUUUGGUUGA